UCACCUCUUCUUCACCCCGUCCUGGCUUUGGAAGAUGAAGAAAGGCCGCAACGGCUGCAAACACACACCCCGCCCCGAAAAGCGCCUGCAAAGCCCAACGCAGCCCCCCGCGCGUCUCUGCCAAGGGUUCCAUAUUAGCGGGAAGAGCAGCAGGAAGCACCACACAGAGAAAGAGAGAGAGAGAAUCGUCCCUCGGCUCUUGCACUCUGUACCUCCAGUCACCAUGAAGGCUCUCCUGGGUCUCCUCCUGCUCUCCGUGCUUCUGACGUCAGGUUACUCUUUGGAGUGUGAAACGUGUUCGGGUCAGGGGACCACCUGCACCGGCAGGAAAGUGACCUGCUCUGCCAACGAAGACACUUGCCUCAAUGCCGUGACUGAAGUCUCCGCAGGCGCGGUAAAAAUAAGCACUGUCAUGAAGUCCUGCUUUGUAAAAGAGGGCUGUGAUCAAUUAAAACCUGGGAGCACAGCGACCUUUGGAGGAGCUGGGGCUCUUAUUAAAACUGCCGAAUGCAGCAGAGCUCCAGUGUCAUCUGGAUCCUUCCUCCUGGCGCUCUCUAGCCUCCUGUUCUUGAAGUUUCUCUGGUGAAGAGGCCCCUCCGCCAGCCACCCGGCCCUGAAAAAUGCUUCCUCCUCGCUUCUAUGCAACCUUUCUUGGGACCCCAUCAUCCAGCCCUUCAGAGAGAUUUGUGUCGUCUUUAACAAACCCACCCCCUACAAAUUAUAUAACACAAAGCUCUGUUUCUAUAUGCACAGUAUAAGGUCAAUUCAACAGUCUCCAGUUAAAUACAGCUUUUGCCUUUGAACAGAACCACUGUGGAGAAAAAGGAAAACAAGAAAGAAGGGUAAAUCCUUAAAUUUUAGAGUACAAAAGCUAUUAUAACCAUGAGCGUCGACAUUAUAUUUGUUACCAAAGAACAAUAAACGAUAUGCAAAGUU